AUGCGGCCUUACAAGGUUGAAUACCUCAUGAACGAAUUAGGUGAAGUUGAAGAGGAUAUGUUUGAGCUUGUCGGCGUUCUUGUCCACACUGGAACAGCAGAAACUGGCCACUACUAUUCGUACAUCCGAGAGCGGCCACAAGUUGGUAGCCAAGAAAAUUGGGUGGAGUUCAAUGAUGACGCGGUGACUUCUUGGGAGCCAGGCUUCAUGGAGUCAGCCUGUUUUGGUGGUCUUGAGCAUGGGACUAUUGACAACCUCCCAUUUGAAAAGAACUAUAGUGCCUAUAUGUUGUUUUACCAACGUUCUUCCACAUUGAUCGUCGCAAACGAUGAACUGGCCAAAAAGGAGAAUGGAGUUUCACCGAAGGCAGUUGUCAAUCCGCUACAGGGGAGCCGCAUAAACAUGAAGAACAAGCCUGUGGUGCGUAACCCAUUGAAGAUAGCUGUCGAGCCGCGACAGGCGAACCACAUCACUCUGGAGAACGAGCUUGUGAUGCUUCUUCUCGACUCUGGAUUUCUCAUGAAAGCCAUUGAUAUCAUAUGCGCGGAUACGAUAGACAAUGAUUCUCAAUUAACACGAAUGCUUCAAGCAAUUUCCAAGAGGAAUUUGAUGCAAAGACCAGUCUCUCAACCACUAUGGGGUCCAUUUUUAAGAGCCGCGAUAUUGUAUUGCGAGCAUUCAGAAAACCCGAAAGCAAUUCCGGAUAUGGCUUUUCAUAUUGCUAAGAAUUCGUUUAAUCUUGACAAUAACGAUGGAUCAGAGUAUCUUCGGUUCUUCAAAGAUCUCGUCGCUUUGCGAAGCAACAGCAACGAUAUUUCUCAAGAGGAAAUCACAAAGAUUGUCUUGUCUACACUUACUCAAUGGGUCCCUACACUUCUUACUCAUCACCAAAGCGCUGUCAGAUCUGAUACCGAAGAUUUCCUUGGAGAACUUAUCUUCAAUAUCGGUGUUGAAGAGGACGAUACAUCACCAGAAAAUGAACAAACCCUAGCAGAUCACAGGCGGGACCAGACGCGUAGAUUGGGUAACGCUUGUUUAGAAUAUUUACAAGAUGUUUAUAUACGACAACGUGUGCAAGCCGUUAGGACGGUUAUGAUUAACAUCGAGCAUGUUGUUGGUCUUUGUCUUCAAUAUUUUGAGCCUGGACCAGCAGCCGAUCGAUAUAAGUUGAACAUGGACAAUCUCUGGAAUCACUUAAGAAGAUAUAUGGUUGAAGAAGUAGACGAUGGUUCUGCAUGGGAAAAUUCUGAUGAUGAAUAUGCCUCUGAUGAACCUAUGGACAACAUAACGGAACUUUGUGAACCUAUGGAUAUCGGGGUUUGGUUAUGGACAUUGGGAAUUGGUAUUGGCGGCGGAUUGGGCUGCUCAGGCUGGAUUGGGCUGGGUUGGAAUGAACGGAGUUGA